GCUAUAUAGAGGCAUUAAAGUACAAUUAUUUCUAUUCGAGAACUUGGAUCGAGAAUUCGGAUUGAUUUCUAGCAUCGUGUAUACAAGGCUUUACACCAGAAAGGUUCUCCUUGGCUACGUUCCGUUUCACGCAUAAUGCACGUGGCACAUCAUUUUAUCCUUGUAAUUCCCUAAAUGUUAAACAAGGACGAAAUGAUACAUCAUGCGCAUCAUACGUGAAACGGAACGUAGCCCUUGUUUUAAGGGAAAAUUACAUAAAGUACUGCCAGUAAAAACGGAACACAGCCACUGAGUGCAAAAAGUGCAAGCAAUGCGACAGAUCUAAAGCCAAAGCCACUAGAUUCGAAACGAUUCAAAUAACUUCGGAACGUUACAAAACGAGACCUCGCGAUUGUGUCAGGCACUCUGGAAAGUAGAGAGGAUUUUACGUCUUUUUAGAGUGAAAAUAACGCAACGUUUGAUCGAUUGCAAUGGAUUUACCCAUCAAUAAAAUUCACCGCACAUUACUGGAUGCCAAUUUGCCAUCAACUAUUGAAGAUCUUAAGAAUCCAACAGAAGAAUAUAUCAUGAACUUAUUAACAACAUUCUUGACGCGUUUUAAUAUCAAUGUUAACUUAAUUGAGCCAAGUCAAGAACAAUUAAACAUUAUGCCAUAUCACGAAGAUUCCGAACUGCUAAAUCUCAUAAAUAUACAUGCAGUUGUGACAAAGAUAUUCGACAAGAUAUUUUUAAGUGAUUUUUCUCUCACAGAUAUCACUAGUCCAGGACAAAAACGACUUAGAAAACAAGUGAAAUUUAUUUCUAACUUUAUAUUGUAUUGGAUGCACAAAAAGUCAGGAUUUAAUGAUAAGAUGGAGCAAAUUCAAAUGAUAUCUAAACAAUUAGAAGACCUAAAAGAUGAAAAGAUUCAAAUUUCAGAAAAAAUUAAUAAUACAGUUAUGCACAAAGCAAAGCAAAUGUCCAUCAUAGAAAAGCUAGAGGCUGAUAUAAAACAUAUACAGUCAAAAACUGAAAAACUCAAUAAGAAGGAGAUGGAAUUAGAAAUAAUAAAAAAUGAUAUGGAAAAGGAAAAUCAAAAGGCUAAAGAACAAAUUGCCUCUAUUAAGAUAGAAGCAGGAAAGAUAUCUAAAAAGAUAACCGAAGUACAAUCGGCAGUUGUACAUUCACCAGAAAAUUAUCGAUCCCGUUUAAAUGAGAUUGAAGAGCAACGCAAAUUAAAAGAAGAAGAACGUGAUGUAAUGCAAGAAGCCAUUCAGGAUAAAAAACAAUCUAUAAAGCAAAUCAACGAGAAAUUAGAUUUUGUCCAAAAAAUAAUUGAUGAGUUUUCUAUAUUGGCAGAUACAUAUAAAAAAAUGAAAAACAAGAAAACAGAAUUAAAAAAUAUUAAAGAAGAAAUUGAUUCAUUGUACACAACAGAGAAGGAAUUAGAAACUAAAAUAGCAAUGCACAAUAAUCAAAUUGAUACUGAAAAGAAUAAAUUACAAACGUGUCGUGAAGAAGAAAUGGUUCCAUUGUGUAACCUACAAAGUCAAUUACUAAGUGAGAAAAAGCUACUAAAAACCAAAUUAGAUAAAAGUCAAGAGUGUUUCAAAGAGAAAUGCUUAAAAAAGGACAAAUUGCAAACGGAGAUUAAGAUAAAAGAGGAAGAAACUAUGGCUUUUAUUAAUGGUUGUCAAGAGAGAUAUAAUAAUGAAAUUGCUGAAGAGCGUGAAUUACGGAAUUCUUGGAAGGAAAAGUGAUAAAGUACAGUCAUUCAUGAAAAGAAAAAGAAAAAAAAAUGAGAAGAAAUUAAAUUUUGUCCAAAAAUUAACUGAUGAUUUUUAUACAUUAAUAGAUAGGUGUAUAAAAACUAAUCUAAAGUAUUUAGUUAUAGAUUAUAUU